GAUGGUUUCACAUAGCGAGUAUGAAUUAUCUAAUUCAGACUAUGCAAUCCGCAUUGAUUUAAUGACCAAAGUGUUUAGCAUAGAUGUUGUUGAACGCUAUUUUGAAGGUUUACCUCCAAAUGCCAAAACAACAGAAUCCUACACUGCUCUUCUCCAUUCAUAUGUUGCAUCAAAACAAACCACAAAAGCAGAAGAACUCUGUGAAAAGAUGAAAGAAUCCGGCCUAAAACUAACUCCCAUAACAUAAAACGAACUAAUGACACUAUACAUGUCAGUAGGGGAGGUCGAAAAGGUAUUUUCCAUCAUCAAAGAACUCAAAACCCAGAACGUGUCACCUGAUAUAUACACAUACAAUCUCUGGAUAAGUUCAUGUGCUUCCUGUUUAAAGAUUGAUGAAGUUAGAAACAUUCUUGAUGAAAUGAGUAGCUCCCAUGAGGAUGGAAAGAGUGAGAUUUGGGAAAGAUAUGUGAAUCUUGUGAAGAUUUAUCUUUCAACUGGGCAUCUUGUGAAUUCAGAUUCUAACUCUGUGGUGGAAAGUGAGAAGGGGAAUAAGAUUAUUACAAAAAGGGAAUGGAUAACGUAUGAUUUUCUUAUUUUGUUGCAUUGUGCUUUGGGGAAUAAGGAUACACUUGAUCAAAUAUGGAGGUCUUUGAGAAUGACAAAUCAGAAAAUGAUUGGUAGAAACUAUGGUUGUAUGCUUUCUGCAUAUUUGAUGUUAGGGUGUUUGAAGGAGGUGGGACAAGUUAUUCAUCAAUGGAAGACAUCUGCUACACCAGAAUUUGAUGUGUCUGUAUGUGAGAGGGUUUUUAAAGGGUUUAAGGAAGUUGGGUUGAUUGAAAAGGUAGAAACUUUUCAUAAAUUGCUAUCUGAAUGAAUUUGAGCUAAUUUUAGGUGAAUGCUUUAUGAACUCCUUAAAUCCUUUAUUUAAGUUAGGGAUUUUGUUUCCUUUUGAGUUAAUGGGUUAAACAUUUAAAUGUUUAAUAUAAAUUAUUUCUUUUACUUAAUUUGGUCAUAAUGACUUAAUGAGUUAAGCCAAAAAUCUAGCUUAAUGUGUUAAGACAUUACCCAUUUACCUAUUUAUCAAAUUCUUUU